AUGCCUCUGUCGACGCCAUGGCAGAGCACGCGCAGCACGGAUAUGGUGGGCAGCUUGCCGGUGAAGUCCGCCGGUCCGGGCUUCAACCUCGCCGUCUCUUGGGGUGUUACAGUUUUUCCCACCCCAGCAGUGGACGCACACGGUGGCUUGCCAGUUCAUAUGCAAUCGAAAGCCAAGAGCUCGCCGCCCGUCGGCGAGAUGUCAUUUUGGGCUGCUCCGGCGUACGCGACCGGCGCCGAGCCCAGAUGCUUCUGCACGAAGCCGACUUGGCGGUGGACUUGGCAGACGCGCGAGCCUGACUGCUUGCAUGCCCGCAAGCGUACCUUGCGCAAGGUGGAUAGUUGA